GUUUCAACCGUCUCCACGUUACAAGCAAUAUGGCAGCCCCCGUGAGCACUGUGGGUAAACCCUCAGCUGAGCGAUUGCCCCUCAACACGACGAGUUUUCAGAAGAAAACGAGGACAAAGUUGAUCUCCAUACCCGGUACCAGGCCAUCGGUUCAAAACGGACAACUCUUAGUGUCGACCGGUGUCACGUCACUCGACUACCUGCUCGGUGGCGGGUUAGCAGUGGGAACAGUACUUCUCGUAGAGGAGGACCGAUACGAUAGCUACUCACGUAUGAUCUUGAAGUACUUCUUGGCAGAAGGAGUUGUGUGUCGACAUGAACUUUUCGUGGCGUCGGCUCAAGAUAACCCAGAUGACAUCUUACAGGAACUGCCUGCUCCCAUCUUGGACGAUGUUGCUAUCCACAAGCCAGUGGAGCAGCCCAGGCUGUCUUGUGAACCUCAGGACAGUUUGGAUGCCAUGAAGAUAGCCUGGCGCUAUCAGAAUCUUCCAAAAGUACAGAGUGCUCUGGCCUCCUCAUCCCGGUUCGGGCACUACUAUGACGUCUCCAAGACGAUGGAGCCAGAAAUUCGCCAGGCAGCCAAGUGCCACCGCUUCUACCUCACAGAACAUCCCACCCAGUCACCGCCCACGCACAGUACCAUGCUGGAAUCCUACUCUGCGUUGCUCAAGUCCCUUCAAGAAGUCAUAAACAGCGAGGGUUUUGAUGUAGCAGCUCCCAUGUCAAAGUCGCGUAACAUACUGCGAAUCGGGCUUCCCUCUCUCGGCUCAGCUUUGUGGGGCGAUGACCUGAGUUGCCACGACAACCCUAGAAAUGGCCACGCCCUCGCUACAUUUUUCUAUGGACUGCGGGCUAUGCUGAGGUCAUCGCUCGCGGUUGCUGUAGUUACUGUACCUUCACAUCUCAUCCAGGACAGAGCUCUAAUGGGCAACAUAACCAGGCUGUGUGACAACGCGAUAGCCCUGGAAUCAUUCAAAGGCUCCGAGAGAGAGACCAACCCGCUCUACAAAGAUUACCAUGGUCUGCUGCAUGUACGCCAAGUACCCCAUCUGAACUGUCUGGCGAGUAAACUUCCCGACCACAAGGACCUGGCCUUUAAGCUCAAGAGAAAACAGUUCACCAUUGAGAGACUGCAUUUGCCUCCAGACUUGUCUGAGACGGUGAGUCGUGUGAGCAGGGGGGAGCUGGCAGGAGCGGCCGCGGUGGCUUCAGCCUGCGGCUCCGGCGGUUCCGGCAACAAACACCUGGACUUCUAGUGCUCCCACACAGUUGCCGAGGGCAACCAACACCUGCAAUGCCUCAGCGUUGUCCUCUUUACCAUGGCGACCAGGUUGUUCCUUCGCCCACAUAAUGUCGACCUUCAGAAGCCCUGCAAGCCAUUACUACCUGCCAACUCUCCCAGCCAGGGUCAACGAUCGAAACAUCAACUAUAUUUCAACUUUUCUUUUUGUAUAAACAUACAGUACACUCACAAGUUGACUUUUACACGUGCCAUCCUGCUCAUACGAAGUUCAUUUGACUAACUUAACUUGCCAAAGCUGAAUACAGUUUGCUGUUUUUCCACGCAGAAAUGUGAACCCCGUAGUAUUUUCAAAUUGUUACAUGAAGACGUGUGUGUGACGUGUGAUCGGCAGGGUGAUUCGUACUUAACCCAAACCCAAGGCGGAGGGAUUGUUUAAAGGUUAUUUCAGAGAAUUAAUAUAGCAGCAAUUAACUAAUGUACAAUGUAAAUAUAUGGUGGAGUAGUGAACAAAGUGACACUCCCUCUGUAUUUGUUGGACUCCUCUGUCCAGCUGAUCGCCGCCCCCUUCACUGCCUGUGGAGGCGAUACAAUUCCUUAUUGAGCCCCUUUAAGAUCUGGUACAUUUAGUUUGUUUCUUGUUGUUCUCUGUCUCUGGGGAUUUCCCUGACAAGCAAAGUGUCAUCAUGAAAUAUUUUUUAGUCUACACAGACCCCUUACUCUUGGCAAACAUUAAAUAAUUUAACUGCAUUCUCCCUCGCUUCGAGCGUACUGUACAAACAAAAGUGGCCGCUCCUGACUAGCUCCUCCGUGAACAUAUAUCAUUUUUUUGUUCAGUUAAAUUAAAGCAAAUAUAUAAUGCACAACUAUGCUCUUAAUUCAAGCUCUUUUCUUUUUUUCUUUUUUUCUUUUUUUUUUUUUUCUUUUUUUUACUUCAUUGUGUUUCAACACCGGCUCUGAAAGGAAAGUCGACUACCUGUGAUAGGAUCUAAAGUGAGUGUGUUAUGAACCUCUGGUUGGCCUCGCUGGGUUCAGGUCUGAAUAAGGAUGCUUCCAUCUGACCCUGAGACUCUGCCGGUGAGUGACGUCUACCUCCUGUAAGCCUGAGAGAUGAGCAGCAUUGGCGGCAGGGAGUGGAAGAGCUGGAUUUGGGUGCAGGCUUCACACCUCAUCAGGCGUGUUUGCUGGAUGAGCUGCUUUGCCAUGACAAGUCCAAAAGAACAAAUUAGGUCAAAUAGUGACACGGAGAAACAGAGGGAGAAAGAAAAAAAAACACAAUGAAAAAUUAAAUGUUUGAUUUUGGUUUUCCUCAGUCUGCUGCUCAUGCCAGUUUGAAUAAUGUUGCCUUUGAGAACUGGCAAUACUGGUAAGCAUCUGAAACACGUGUUGGAAGAGGGUAGUGUCACCUGACAGUUUCAUGCAUGAAUGGAGUGCUCUUACAUCGGGUGUAUGAGAGAGUGAGGAGACGUACAAUGGUCACUUAUAGUGAACAAAAGCUUGAGUAGUCCAGAUAAAAAAAAAGGGAAGUUAUUGUUGUGGAUGAGCUGACAUAUUACGGAUACUCUUUCUUUCCCACCUGCCAUGUCUGCGUGUCACCAUGGAGCUGAGACACUCAGUUCAAAGUGCAGUAUUUUCUAAGUUGUAAAACAAUCUGCAAAGUUUUAUAAGUAGUAAAUAUCUUGUAUGCACAUUGGAAGAUAUCCGGGUUCUCACAUUUUUAUCUACUUUUAGAAUUUAAGAGUUGAUAGUUUUCUGAGUCCUGACUUUUGACCAAUGCUGUCUUCAGAGAACAUUGAACCUUGAUAGUGUUCUGCCCUCUGAUAAUGUUGGUUGUAUUUGGUUGGUCAAUGAUCUGACUGAUGAUUAGCACACUUCUGUAAAGAGCAUAAACAAGGAAUUAUGGGUACCGGGAUAUCUAAAUUAAUUUAAACCAUAACACCAUAACUGGAGCGUUACAAUCAGAUGGAGAAUCUAUUCUCUCCUGUUUGAUUUUUGUGAUGAACGAUGUAUUUGAGUCUCUGUAGACGCCCUGUUUUGUUUGAAUCUUAAUAAUGGUUGAUACCAUGUUAUUGUGUGAUGUGUUUUAUAACAAAUCCUAAAGUAUCUCACCUUGGAGGAAAGAAAAAUGGAAAAAGUUGUUUUAUUUUUUAUUUUUUGCAUUGACCUUAAUGUAUUGUGCAACAAUAGCAUUUAAGGUGUACACUUGUUUAACAGAACCCCGUGUUUUUACAGCCUCGCUGGGCCUAAAGCAGAGACGGGGAGCUCUGGCACCGAGUGUACAGAAUGUUCUUUUAUCACUUUGUCUUUUGGCAGCUUCUGCUCACGUUGCAUCAAUUCCUUAAUAAAGCCAGUUGUUUUUGUACAGCAGCUUUAGCUGAG